UGUAGGUAAAACUCGUGUUGGCAUCGCUCUUCUGUCUGUUGUGCUUUUCUUGGCGAGGGAUUAAGACGUUCGCUCAUCGGCUCCUCAAUUGUCGUUAAUUUCCGUCAAUUGGACCAAAAUAAACAACAAAAAGUAUUAAAUCCCUCGACUCGAAAGGAACACUCGCACUUCAAUGAAAAUUCCUUCUGUCCAUUCCAUUUUUCGCUACAUUAAAUUUAAUUAAAUUUCGUGAAAUAAAUCGACUAAUAAAUUCAUCGAGUGAAAUUUAAACGUGAGUGCAAGUGAAACAAUCAGUGCGAACAAUGGAAUUAACCGAAAUUUCAAUGGGAAAUCACGAGGAGGUGAAUAAGUCCGAGGAAAUUAAAAAAUCUAGAAAUCCAGACUUGACGUACGGAAUUGAUGAUGUCCCCCCGUGGUAUUUGUGCCUUUUUAUGGCAGUUCAGCACUACUUGACAAUGAUAGGCGCCAUCGUCUCGAUUCCUUUUAUCCUGACUCCUGCUUUGUGCAUGGCCGAGAAUGACCCCUCACGAAGCUACAUCAUCUCGACGAUGAUUUUCGUCACAGGGCUCGUGACACUCGCCCAGACCAUCUUCGGAUGCAGACUUCCACUCGUUCAGGGUGGGACUAUAUCGUUCCUCGUGCCGACCCUCGCGAUUCUGAACUUGCCGCAGUGGAAAUGCCCCCCGGAAUCUGAGCUGUCAGCCAUGAGCUCCGAGGACCGCACCGAGCUGUGGCAGAUCCGGAUGCGAGAGUUGUCCGGGGCAAUCGCGGUCUCCGCCUUGUUUCAAGUUUUCAUCGGGUUCUUCGGUAUCGUCGGGGACUUGCUCAAGUUUAUUACACCGUUGACCAUCACCCCGACAGUAGCUCUAGUUGGACUGUCCUUAUUUGAGAACGCAGCGGAGACGGCUUCGCAGCACUGGGGCAUCGCCGCGGGGACCAUUUUGAUGCUCACUCUUUACUCGCAGCUGUUGGUGGAGGUGAGAUGCCCUUUCGUCGUAUACAAGAAGGGCGAGGGUUUGAAAAUCAUCUGGUUUUAUCUCUUCAAACUCUUUCCAGUCUUGCUGACAAUUGUCGUCAUGUGGAUCAUCUGCGGAAUUCUGACCAUCACUGACACUCUACCGUCCGGUCAUCCCGGUCGCACAGACACGAAAAUCAGAAUUAUCAACGAUUCACCCUGGUUCCGUGUGCCGUAUCCGGGGCAGUGGGGUAUGCCCACUGUCUCGUUGUCUGGAGUCCUGGGGAUGCUCGCUGGGGUACUCGCCUGCACCGUUGAGUCCAUCAGUUACUAUCCAACGACUUCGCGAAUGUGUGGAGCUCCACCACCUCCUGUUCACGCAAUCAACCGUGGAAUCGCCUUCGAGGGCUUGGGAACAGUCCUCGCGGGACUCUGGGGCAGUGGAAACGGUACCAACACCUUUGGCGAGAACGUGGGAACCAUCGGCGUGACUAAAGUCGGCAGCCGCCGGGUCAUCCAGUGGGCCUGUAUUCUCAUGAUUCUCCAGGGGCUCAUCAGUAAAUUCGGAGCGGUCUUCAUCAUCAUCCCCGAGCCUAUCGUUGGAGGGAUAUUCUGCGUUAUGUUCGGGAUCAUCUGCGCUUUUGGUCUAUCUGCAUUACAAUACGUGGACUUGAAUUCCUCGAGGAACCUCUACAUCCUCGGCUUUUCAAUAUUCUUCCCCAUGGUACUCUCUAAAUGGAUGAUUAAAAAUCCAAAUGUCAUUCAGACCGGCAAUGAGGUAGCAGAUGGUGUGAUAACUGUGCUACUUAGCACGACAAUUCUUGUUGGAGGUGUAACCGGCUGUGUACUCGAUAAUUUUAUUCCAGGAACAUCUGAGGAACGGGGACUGGAUAAAUGGGCGAACGAGAUGGCUCUGAAUAUCGACGCAGCUGAGGACGAGGGCGGAGAGGCAGAGUACAACACCUUCGAUUUUCCCAUCGGAAUGAAAUUACUGCGAAGGUGGAGGUGGACGUCUUACCUGCCCUUUUCCCCCACCUACAGACCCCGACCCAGCGCCUGUCGGCGCAAAAAGGCAGCUUACAACGUCGAGGGAUGAAUGAAAUGAGUGAAAAACCGGAAUUUCUUGAAUAAAUAAUUUCUUUCUGUACAA